AUGGAAGCCCUGCCACUCGAAUCAACAUCUUCACUAUCGCUGAAACCCGGCAGCGACGUCCAGCUGGUAACUGUCGGCGAUGAGUUCUCUCAAGAAGUUGUUACAAAUAGUGUCGUCUCUGGGUCCCUCAUCCGAAGAGUGACUGCAAUAACAUAUCUAUGCGGCAUGAACAUCACCAGUAGCGCAUCUAACGGUCUUAUAGUCAUUGGUCUUCCUCGACUCACAAAGGAUCUCGAACUUCCUCCAUCUCUUGCUUUCUGGCCAUCUUCAGUUCAAGGACUGACCACUGCAUCAACUUUGCUCCUCACGGGCGCUAUCGCUGAUGUUUUAGGACCGCGACCGGUGAAUCUGUCGGGAUGCAUAUUGAAUUGUAUCUUCAUACUUACUUGUGGACUGGUCAAGAAUGGGGAGCAACUUGUUGUCUUACGAGCCUUGCAGGGCAUUGCCACAGCGUUACAUCUGUCUAGUUCCGUGGCCCUUGUGACCCAAGUGCAGCCUCAGGGUCGAGAACGCAACGUAGCCUUUGCGUGCCUAGGAUUAAGCCAGCUGUUAGGUUUCUCAUCUAGCCUCGUUGUGGGCGGCAUAUUGAUCGACACUCUUGGAUGGCGAUCAGGAUGGUAUUUCUGUGGAGGCCUUACCCUGCUACUAUUCGCCAUCGGAUGGUGGGCAUUGCCAAGAGCCGCACGACCCGGCUCGUUACGAAUCACGAUACGAAAUCUGAAAAAGAAAGUCGACUGGGUUGGUGCAUUACUUGCAUCGACAUCCAUAAGUCUACUUACAUACUUUUUGGGGUUCGUUGAUGCACAUACCUCUCGAUUGAUGUACUAG